CCCUCAACUCACAACAAUCACACGAGCAUUUCCAUGUACAGACACCGUUCGGCGAGUGGAGCUUGAUUGAGAAUUAGACAUCACUUGGUCUAGUCUCUUCUACUUCCUACACAGCAUCACUUCUCCAGUCAUUCAUUACGGAUAUACAUGUGAGAUAUCUGCUCACGUGGAUUGACUGACUGAUCCUUUCAUCCAUCCAUCCUUCUUCGAAGAUUAGUUGUCCCGAUUCUUUUUUCUUUUCAAAACCUUUGGGACUUUCCGUCGGCCUUGGGGGCUUUGCUUGCUUCCAGUUUUUUAACUACGAUGCCACCUCCAUCAAACAUCAAAGGCGUCGUUCCGCCUGAACAUCUCACAUCCGUGGCCGCCGGUGGCUUCGCGGCGGGUGUCCUCCGGUUCGGUACAAUCUCCAUACUCUCGCACCUCCUCCUGCUUCGACAUCCAGUCUAUCGAGGCCUCACGAUCCAGUUCAAGGUCUACUUGCAACUCAGCGCCAUCAUCCUGGGAGGCUGUAUCUUUGCGGAGAAAAGAGUGUCGGAAUACAAUGACGCAGUGAGGAACAGAAACCGUGCUAUGGAACGGAGCCGGCGGGUCUGGACCGAAGAGCAAGAGCUCAAAGAGAGAAUCUCGAGGCGAGAAGCUGCUGAGAAGUGAAACAAGACAAACAAUACGACGAGAGGGUGGGCAGGGUCUCGGCACCUUUGAGCCCCGCGUAGUCUGUCACGAGCGUACCGGAGGAGUUUGAUUGUUUGGAUCCAAAUCGUUGAGCAAGGUGAUGGGUGAGAACCCGUCAUCAUACGCCGUCGACUCGGGUCCCUCCAGGGAUGAUCGGUGGACACGCAGUGUGGAUUCGGUGCCAGCUCGAGGGGUCCGUCAGCGUUGAAAGGAUGCUCUGCUCGUCACCUCCUCUUGGUUCCUCAGGGUCAAUCGAACAACGAUGCGGAGGAGGGACUCGUCCAUAGUCACAAACUAUUUGACCGUGGAAGAUCAUCAAGAAGACUCGUGGAUCAAGAAUGUAUGAAUGACUGGGGGGCUCGGCCGCAUUGCUUCCGGCCAAGAAAGCAUUUAUGAGUGAAUGAGAUGGUCGCAAGACCGAGUCCAAGGACAAGUUCAAAGUGAAUGUCACCUGCCUUUGCUUAACCUCCGAGACCUAUCAAACCCCUCAAAAAAAGAGAGAGACAAAAAGUUAUUUGGAGAUUUGAAGCCCCGACCGUCUUUGCCAACGGUCGACGCUUCUAAUACUCAUCCCGACUAUGACCAUUCACAAAUCUCAAAUCCCUAAAGGAACGUAUUACCCCGUAAUACUUGUAGAGAAUGCUACAGUAGUCAUGGAAACCUGCCGAAGACUCCCAAGUUUUUAAUCCACUAAGCAGCUGGUUUCCAAGGAUGAGC